GUUUCUAAACAAAGUCAAGGAGGAGAAAGCGAAGGUGGUAUAUACUAAAAACGGCGGAAAAAUUACGUCAUAGAUUUUAACCCGGGGGGUAAAGAGGAGUGAAAGCGACAGGGCGGGGUCUCCGAAUCUUGAGACGGCAAAAUAUCCGAAGGACUGAGAGAGGCACACCAGAUUGACACCCUUUUGGGCCCCUGAAAACUGUUUGCACUGUAGUGCUGGUGGAGUCUCCAAAGAUGGCACUUUUGGGGGCUUUUAUUGGGGUUUUUAACUUUCUUUUUCCUUUGGGCCUGCGUUUCUCUCGCAUCUGAAUGCACGAUCCGUCGCCCCCUUGAACAUCGUUAGCACAGAUUUGGCCCCUAAAAUCUUGGUUUCUUUAUUUUUAUUGGUAUUGGUAUAGUCACUCAUAUUUGAAUGAGAUUUUGAGAGGGAGGUGGGCCUGUAGUUAUGAUGAACUAGUGAUAGGGAUGUAGCAUUAUAUGUACAGGGAAAAGCAUUCUUAAGCAUUAUCCUCUCUCUUUGAUUCAUAAUAUUAAUACAAAAUGUUGGUUUUGGUCAUGGGUUAUUCAUAAAUCGAGUCUAUACUUGAACACAGAUGUCAGUCGUCUGUAAAAAAAGUAGUACCCAUAUCAGCUUCUUGCUUGGCUAGUGAAGAAAACCACAUCCAAAUGCCAUUUCUGUGAAAAGUAGGAAUACCCAUUUCAGUUUCCAUUGUCGGGCCAGUGAAUAGUCGAGCAAAGCAGUCAUAGCCUGUGGGAUCAUCAAAAUUUACUCAAGCCUUGUUUCCAUUUUUGGGUUUUGGAUUUGGUUCCAACAAUCGAUUUUCAAUUUUUGAGUGCUCAUAUAAUACCAACUUGUGCUUGAUGGUACUAACUCCUGAUGUUUUUUUGAUAUUGAGGUGAUUUGGAUUUAGAGUAGGAGUAUUGGUUUGUAGCGAAUGCAGAGGUUUGGAGGUUUUAGCAGUGUAUUGAGAUGGUGGAUGAGCCGUUGGAGUUGGUGCUAUCAUCAUCAUCUCACCCAGAAGAGGAGGUAGCAGCAGUGACCACACCAGUGGCGAGUGAAGUGCUGAUUGGCGGGUCCAAAGAAGAGGAAGACAACACUAUUGUGGCCACUGAAGAUCCUAUGAAUCAGCAGCAUAAGAAGCUCAGGUUUAAAUCUAAGGAGCUACAGCAAUCCUAUUGGGAUCGGUCCAGUGAGGAGAUGGAUGUCACCAGAGCUCUACGAAUAGGUAGACGCUACUCAGGAUCAAUGCAAUCAGAGGAGUCGGUCUUGGAUCGUGAACAUACAUUUGUGACCGGCAAUUCCAGUCGUCAUCCACGCACAGACGGUCCUCCUCUCCAGGCAUCUGCCUCAGCCGGACAACAUUCAGAAAGCAGAGCUUACUUCCUCUGGCCAGCAUCAAACCGGCUUAACGGUACUGCUGAGGAGAGGGCAGCUUACUUUGGCGGUGUCCAGAAAGAGGUGGAUUCCGAUACACUGGAGCGUUUACCGAGUGGACAACAAGCUACUACAUUGCUGGAUUUGAUGACAAUACGAGCGUUCCAUAGCAAAAUACUGCGCCGCUACAGUCUUGGAACUGCUAUUGGCUUUCGCAUUAGAGAAGGGGUGCUGACCAACAUACCUGCUAUACUCGUGUUUGUAGCUCGAAAGGUCCAUAAACAGUGGCUUCUUGACAUCCAAAGGCUGCCUUCUGCCCUUGAGGGUCCUGGUGGCGUUUGGUGUGAUGUGGAUGUUGUUGAGUUCUCAUAUUAUGGGGCACCAGCAGCAACACCAAAAGAACAACUGUAUACAGAACUGGUAGAAGGUCUGCGGGGAAGUGAUCCAAGUAUUGGUUCAGGUUCUCAGGUUGCAAGCCAAGAAACAUAUGGAACACUGGGAGCUAUUGUUAGAAGUAGAACUGGCUCUCGUCAGGUUGGCUUUCUGACCAACCGACAUGUAGCAGUGGAUUUAGAUUACCCAAACCAGAAGAUGUUUCACCCAUUGCCUCCAAACCUUGGACCGGGUGUCUAUUUAGGUGCUGUUGAGAGGGCUACAUCAUUCAAUACUGAUGAUCUGUGGUAUGGAAUUUUCGCUGGCAUGAAUCCAGAGACAUUUGUACGAGCAGAUGGGGCAUUUAUUCCAUUUGCAGAUAGCUUCGAUAUUUCCAAAGUCACUACUACAGUGAAAGGUGUGGGAGAUAUGGGCGAAGUUAUGUGUGUGGACCUGCAAAAGCCUAUUGGAAGUCUCAUUGGCAAGCAGGUGGUGAAGGUGGGGAGAAGUUCUGGCUUUACAAGAGGAACUGUGAUGGCUUAUGCCCUCGAAUACAAUGAUGAAAAAGGCAUCUGCUUCUUUACAGACUUCCUUGUUGUAGGAGAGAAUAAACAAGCAUUUGAUCUUGAAGGUGACAGUGGAAGCCUUAUACUAAUAACAGGGGAAAAUGGUGAGAAGCCUAGGCCAGUUGGAAUUAUAUGGGGUGGUACAGCAAAUCGUGGAAGACUGAAGCUGAAGAAUGGAUCUGGUCCUGAAAAUUGGACAAGUGGAGUUGAUCUUGGCCGUCUGCUUGAUUUACUUCAGCUUGAUCUGAUCUCUGGUGAAGAUGCUCUUAGAGAAGCUGUUGAGGAGCAAAGGCGAUGGACAUCAGCAGGACCCAUUGAUUCCACUGUUGGGGAGUCCUCGCCAAGAGGAUACAGGACUGUUCCUUUACCAUUGGCUGAAAAGGAGAAAUUAGAAGAGGCAUGCCAACCUAUACAAUAUGAAGAUGUGUCAAAUUUCCAUGGGCCACAUUUGUCUCUCCAGAGUGGAGUUGAAACUAAUCUGAUUUUUAAGCAAGAGUUACCUACAAGGUUGCCUGAGGCGUCAACAAGUGUGGAGCACCAAUUUAUGAAGGACUUUCACAUGUCACUUGGGCACCCAGAGCAGAGUAGAUAUCCAGAGUCUGGGAACCUAUCAGCACUUAGAGAUGGAAAAGAUGGGUCCAGUGAGGACAUUUCCAUUGGUUUGCAUUUAUAUGACAGAGAGGCUAAAAAGAGGAGACCAAAUUCAUAAUUCAUUGGCGAGGAUAGAAUUUACAUGUGUACAAACAGCCUGAGUGAUGUUUUUCCUGUGCUAGCAUUGAAAUGGCAAAGCCAGAGGGAAAUUAUGUAGCUCUCACCACUAUUGUUUAAUAUAGUAACAUAAUUUUUGGCUGUUUA